AUGGCAUCCCUAGAGUUGCAACGGACUUCAUCUCCACGAGGUGAAGCCGAGGCGUCAGACGCCAAAGCCGACAUUGAUCUCAUCGAGAGUGCCGGACAUGGACGAGCAGCCACCUACGAGGAGUCGGUGGCUGCUCGCCUGUCAAAAGACCAUCGCGACUAUCUGAUAGAGCGACAUGGGACAUUGGAGCUCGAUCCCAUCCCUGGAAUGGGCCCGGCUGAUCCUUACAACUGGCCUGAGUGGAAAAAAAUGUCGAAUCUCAUCCUUGUGGCGUUCCACGCUUGCAUGGGAACAUUUACCGCCGCCGCUAUCAUCCCUGCCUAUUCAGACAUUGCUAAAGAUCUUGGUGUCAGUAUCCAAGAUGCCAGUUAUUUGACUUCUUUGCAAAUUGCCAUCCUGGGAGGUGCUCCUCUGUUCUGGAAGCCCCUUUCCAACCGGUAUGGACGCCGGCCAAUCUUCCUCCUUUCUCUCAUCUGCAGUCUGGUCUGUAACAUUGGCUGUGCCAAGAGCACUGACUAUGCCUCUCUUGCUGCUUGUCGUGCUCUUGUUGCGUUCUUCAUCUCCCCUGCCUCUGCCAUCGGUAGCGCUGUCGUGAUGGAAACGACUUUCAAGAAAGACCGCGCCCGUUACAUGGGUGUCUGGACCCUGAUGAUCACUCUGGGCGUUCCGAUCGGACCUUUCAUCUUCGGUUUCGUGUGUUACCGCGCGGGCUAUAACUGGAUCUACUGGAUCCUUGCAAUCAUCAACGGUGUCCAGUUCAUCCUGUAUCUGUUCCUUGGUCCCGAAACACGCUAUCUGGGUAGCGGCGUGGACAGCAAGUCCCCUCGUAAGAUUGAGUACAUGUCACUGCGACGAAUUGACCCAACACCAUUCUCAUGGUAUGAGUUCAUCCGUCCACUGACCAUGGCCCGCCACCCUUCGAUUCUGAUUCCCACCUGCGCGUACGCAAUGGUCUUCUUGUUCGGAAGCAUCCUCGCAACAGUGGAGGUGCCCCAACUGCUGGAGAAGAAGUUCAAUCUGAACGCCGAGCAGCUCGGCCUCCAAUUCCUGGGUGUGAUCAUCGGCUCUGUGAUCGGUGAGCAGAUGGGGGGCGUACUCUCCGAUUUCUGGAUGAGUCGUCGAUCCCGUCGUAUCGACCGCAAGGCCGAGCCUGAGUUCCGUCUCUGGCUCAGCUAUUUCGGCUUCGCGCUGACCAUCAUUGGUAUGAUUGUGUUCCUGGUGUGCACGGAGACAUCGCCUAGUGGAUACUGGAAUGUCACACCCAUCAUCGGUACUGCGAUUGGUGCCGUUGGAAACCAGCUUGUCACCACCGUCAUGAUCACAUAUGCCAUUGACUGCUUCCCACAUGAGGCGGCCAGCAUCGGUGUAUUCGUCACUUUUGUGCGACAAAUCUGGGGUUUCCUUGGUCCCUUCUGGUAUGUGACUUCUUCGAAAUGUUCCGGUAUCGUUGCUAACAGGUCAGGUUCUCGGCGAUGUUUGAGAAUGUCGGUAUCGCUCCCAGCGCGGGUAUUGGCUCGGCGCUGGUUGUCGCCGUCAGUGUCAUUCCCACCAUAUUCCUGCACUGGAAGGGUCGUGGUUGGCGUAAGGAGGAGUAGGUAUGGCUUAUUGGAAGAGAUUGAGAUCAGCUUGCAUGUAAGACAUUUCGUGAAUUUUCGAUUCGGCUUUUAG